GCCACGCCGCUUUUGUCAGCACCAGCAACUUCGAAGGGAAACAAAAUCCCCGUGGACUCCUAAUAUAUAUACAUAUAUUUUCUUCCUUGCCCGCUACAGCGCCAACGCCACCCCACGCCCUUUGUGCUGCGUAGGAAGACAAUAAGACUCAAGUACAGAACACGUAAUAAUAACAUCCAACACCACCACAGCAGUUUGGCACGGACGACGAGGAUCGUUAGAGAAAGAGGGGGUGCGAGCAAAAGAACUUUUCGUCGUACGAUAUCGGCGGGGGGCCAACAACUCUUUAUCUUUUUCUCCCUUUUUUUUUUAGAUAUACACACGAGUGAAAACGCCAAAGAGAAGACAAGAAAAAACGCCCAUAAGAAUCUCGCUGAAGUUCUCGCCUCACAGCUGUGUGACGUCCUCCGUCCCUACCUGUCCUAAUAACAAACACCAUCAUCAUUAUUAUUCUUCUUCGGGGGUUUCCUCGUUUGUCGUUUUCUUUUCCCUCAAAAGGGAAGGGGAUCUUUGAAAUUUGCAGCCUUUUUGAAUAACACAAAAAAAUCUAUAUUUAUGUAUAUAUGCCUUUUCAUAUUCGAUUCUUUGGCAGGUGAAAGCAGUCCGUUGAGGCCCUUCCCCCCCCUCCCUUCUCCCCCUCUCCAAAAACAGAGAGCGAGAACAAACACCCCGAGCGAAAGCCCCGGCACUGCUGCAGGCAUCCAUCAUUUUUUCUUUGUUGUUGUUGAACCGCUGUCUUUCUUCGUGUGUGUGCGUGCAUGUUGCUGUCGCCGCCACAUUAGUAUCAUUUUUCGGUAACGCGCCUUUUCUCUUCUUUUUUUCUUCUUCGUCAGUAUAGCGAAAGAGGGGCGUCGUUUCUCCUAACUCGUUGCCGUCCUCCCGUCGACGCUCUUGGUUUGGCGUUUCUUCAAUGCUUGUUCGAUGUAAAGCUGUCCUAUUACUAUCACCACUAUUGCUGUCUUUCGCUAUAUAUACGUUAGCUCUGCCUAUUUUUUUUUUAAAAGCUAUUUUCUUUAGACUUUCUUGGAAAUUGAAGCACAUACCAGUUUUUUCUGCCUGUGCCUGCCCUGUUGCACCCAUCACGGGUGAGCCUGCUGAUCGACACCCUUCAUACCGGGAGCACUCCACAGUGCUGUGAGGGCGAGGCAUGCCUACCGACAACGCCACUGCCGCCGCUGCUGCUGCCGUGGAACGGCAGGGUACCGCGUCGACCAACGAGGAGAACGCUUCCUUCGCGAUGCUCGUCCCCACUGCAGAAAGAAGCGUGGCAUCACCCACGUCACCCCGUGCACCCACGUCCACCUUUCAGUCCCCUCUACGUGGCCACCCCAGUCAGGGGGAGAGCCGCACGUCAGCGCUGAGGCGCCACAUAACCCCGUCCACUCUACUCAGCGAGGUCCUCAAUGACCCCCUCUUUCAACUACUCAACCCCACCCACGCCGCCGCCGGGCCAGCCGCUGCGACAGCAGCACGUAAGGUAAACUCGCAAGAGACGUCGCUUCUCACUUCAGCGAUGCUGUCAUCGACCCGUGCCGCCUGCUCACCCGACUCCCACUCGCCGACCUCCCCGAGCGUGAAGGAGUCGGCGGAGCCGUCGUCCGUGAAAGCAAAUCCCCAGGAGGUCGCACUGGUGCUGCCCAGCAGCCACGUCCCUCCCCCGUCCAUGCUGCUCAUGGCCUUGGCAGACAUGGACGUCCUGCAACAGUCCUUUUACGCCCACACCAGCGUCUGGCCGGCAAAGGCGCAGCUGAGUGAGUUCAAGAAGCUCGUCGCCGCCUCGAUGAAGGCGGAGCUCGCACGUGGCGCAUUUCUGAACGAGGGACAGGCAGUGAAAGACACGAGGAGCGAGAGGACCGGCGCGGCGGCGCACAGCGGUGAUGACGACAAAAAGGCAGCGGCGGCGCGGCAGGCGCACGACGUCGCUGUCCGCACCGCGCUGUACAGCGCACACGGCUUCCUGCACGGCACGGAGGCGGUGCCGACGGGUGUACCGAGGGCACAUCUGCAGCGCGCACGGCAGAAGUGGGUGCGACAGUACCGCAGCGCGUGCGUGCAGCGGCGACUGGAGAAGGUUCAGCGUUACCGCUACGAGGUGUGGCGUCUGCAGCACGGCCCCAACACCCGACGCGGCGAGCAAGUGCCGCGGGAGGGAUCUGUCACGCCCGUCAGUCCAGCCGUCGCGCCGGCCACGACGUGCGCGGCGCUGAAGCCGCCGUACUGGCGCGAGACACCGGUGGACUUGCCGGCCGGCACGGAACCGGCGGACGCGGAGGCGGUGCCGUCGAGGGGCGACGCGCUGCGGAACGCGGCUGAGCGGCGCCGCCGUCUUUUGUCGCCGUCGGCGAAUGCUUUUGGUGUCGCCGCGGCAACGGCGAGCGAGGAGGCCGCCGUGAUGACGGCUGCGUGGGAGAUGGACCUCUACGAUGACCUGCAGCUCGUCUUGACAGCCCACAUGAGCGGCCCCGCUGCGGAUGAGGCGGCCUUGAGCAGUGCAAUGGAGACUUCAGGGUCGUAUUUGCAUGGCGACACAGCAUACAGCACAGGUGCAACAGGGCUGCUCGCCUCGGAAGGUGGUUCUGGCGGCACGACGGCAGCCGAUCUGCUGCGACCGCCAGCCGACCUCACCCAAAUGCAGCUUCCAUUGCCUGUCUUUGUCUACGUGAUGAGCCGCUACCUCUUCCUCGCCCACUACGCCGUUCACUUCCCGCCGGGACUCUUCAGCAGUGCGUUGAUCAACCCUUUUUAUUUCCCCGACUCCGCGCAGUGCACGGCGGCGUACGCGUUGCGCGCGGUGCCUGUGCUGCGGCGCGAGGCGGAGGUCGUCCGGGCAAACUACGCGCUUCAGCUGGCCGACGCGCACAGCUGCUUCCCGGAACGGGUACAGUCGAUGGAGGUGCCGCUGCCCCCAGACGAUGCUCUGCACCUCUGGGAGCUGCUGUGCCCCCCGCAGCAGCAGGACCGGGCAGGGCGGUGGCAGCCCGUGCCAUGGGGCCAGCUCCUACCGGACGAGGAAGACGCGCUGCUGGAGACCGAGUACGCGAGUCCUGUCAGUGCUGCUGGUGGUGGCCGGGCUGCACUGUUGUCGCCCGCCGCGUUGGGGCACCAGGAGAGGCCGCUGCUCGGCUUCGCGUACGGCCGUGCGGCCCGCCGCGGCUACCGCGACCGCCUGCAACAGCUCGCCCAACACCCUGUCCUUCUCGCCGAAGUUCAGCGCCUGCUCACCAUGUGCGAGGAGGUCGCCAUGCGCUUCUUCGCCACGGUGGACACGGAGCAGCGCGGCUGCAUCUCGUGGGAGGACCUCACGGGUGCGCUGAUCGAAGAGGCGGACAUUCAAGAUCACCAGCUGAAGGUGCGUGAGCACGCGGCGCAGCUGACCCGUGCCAGUGCGUCGGUGUUCGACCGCUACGUCGUCGAGCCGCUGGCGCCGGAGGUGGUGCGGCUCGGCUACACCGGCGCCGUUUUCGAGGUACGGCACAGCGCAUCGCUGGUGAUGCUAGAGGGCGUGGCGGACUACGCCGUGUGCGAUGGCACGCAGCUCGGUAGCAUCCAUCAGCGCUUUUUAGUUCGUCCGGUGGAGGUGGUGCUGAAGGAGCUGGAGGCAGUGCCACGUGACGCCUUCGGCCGACCGUUGCGCUCGGCUGGCGCUUUUGCGGACGGAGACGGAGGCGGGGAGGGGGCGGAGCUGAAGGGCGGUGGGGGCAAGGGCGGUGCAAAGGGCGGUGGUGGUGGUGCCGCUGACGGCGGCUACGAUGCCGCACUGCGUCAGCACCCGUGGCGCAAUAAUCAGCGGCCUGUUCGCGCCUUCAUGCGCUACGAGGACGGGCGACGGCUGCAGGAGUCCACGGCGCUGAGUGUGCUGCAGCAGCUGAGCGGGUCAGACCCAGCUGAGGACGACCUAAAUGGCUUUUCCUCCUCGGCCUACGGGAGGAAAGGACCGACGGGGGACGGAGAAUCGUCGCCGCUGGUGCGGAUGCACCAACCCGCCAAGCCCGUCGCCCUGCGCGCCGUCAUGGCCGUCGAGGACGUCUCGUCAUACGUGCCGUGGACCGUUUUCGUUGUCCUCGGCAACGACAUGCUGCUCCGCCUGUACAGCAGCAACCGGGCCGUGCAGGCGUUGCCGGAGGCUGGGCUGCUGCGCUGUGCGGAGACGGUGACCUGCAUGGAGUGGGCCGCAGGGGGCAGUCACGGGAAGGUGAAGCUGCUGGAGAAGGACACCCCACUCGCCGGCCCCUCCGCGUCCUCGCCCGCGGAAGGGCCGGCCAGCGCCACUGGCACAACACCGUCGUCUGCUGCGACGCCUACCAGCCCGUCACGGCCGCUCUCUCGGCUCUCCAUCCAGCGGCAGGAGUACCUGAUCCUCGGCACCCGCAGCGGGGCGCUGUGCUUGGUUGACCUGUACGCGGUCCUGCACAAGGUACCGCGCCUCACUGCCAUCCCAACCCCUGCCGCCCCCUCGCCCGGUCUGAGCGCGGUGCAUCAAAGUGACAGCAGCGGCAGCAACGGCGGCGGUGGUGGCACGGAUGGGGCAGGCGGCACGGGUAAGCCCACCUCGGAGCGGAUCGGAUCCUCGAGCAGCGCGUGGAGUGGGUACCGCGCUUUGGCGCAGCGCACGUACUACAGCCACAUCGAUCCUUUCGUGCUCCACGAGCGGCAGGUGCACGCCCCGGGCACCCUCGUCUGCUCCGUCGUCGCGGCGGCGUCGAACGGGCUCUUUGUGUCGAGUGGGCUGGACGGCGACGUCUUCACGAUGCGGCUCGGCUACCCAGGAUACACCGCUGCGUCUUCGCCUCAUAAUCGAGCCGGUCGCGGCCUCUUCCCCGCUGCGCGUCCCGGCGUCACAGCCAUCAACCUGGACGGCACGACGACCACCACCGCGGAACGUCCGCUCCUCUGCAUUGAGGUGCUCCAUCGGCUGACAGUGAGCGAGACCGGUGUGCGAUACGCCCUGCCGAUUCCAUCCCUGUCGAUGCUGGCGGUGCAGACGGUGUCCAGCAAGGUGUACUUGUACCACACCUCCGUGCUGCCGACGGCCGCCCCAGUUGUCGACGGUGGAAGAGCCGCGGGGACGGGGGGCAGGGGGGAGAGAGCGCUGACAGCGUCGCCGCCGCCGUUGCCGCCGCUGUCGCCGUCGUCGUCUUCGCCUGCCGCCGCGGCGAACCCUCCAUCCUCUUCAUCGCGGCUGGAGCUGUACGACGCUGCCUCGCCGCACCUCGGUGCCAUGGUGGCGGUGAUCGCCGUGGAGGAACUCGAUCAGCUGCUGACGGUGGACAGCACCGGCUACGUGAAGGUGUGGGGGCUACGCCAGACCCUCCCCCUCACCUCCUUCUACGCCGUGGCCCCCGUGCAGGCGGCGAACGCGAGCGAGCCCGUUCUAGGGCAGAGCACUGCAGUUGGCGAAAGCCGAGGCGGUGGCGGCGGUGACGGGGCCCGCAACCCCGCGUCCUCCACCCAAGGAGGGGCCACCGGUGCAGCCGGCAGCGACACGAACAGUGGCAACGGCAAGGAGAACAGAGGUCUCGCCUCUUCCUUGCUGCGCACGACAAAGCACAGCAUCGAGGCUGCUGUCGACGCGACGGAGAGCCGCCUGCAGCCGUGCCUCUCCGCCGCUUACAACUACGCCAGUCGGCAGCUCUACGUGAUGGGCAGCAACAACGCCGCCCUCUGCUUCUUCAUGAGCGGACAGUCCAGCGCACGCGCCCACACGAACCCGCUGCGGGCGCUUCUGAUCGACACCGCGUCGAAGGGUCGCGGCCAGCUGCACCGCCGCCUCAUCAGCUUCAGCAGCGCGGACUGCCGAGUGUGGUCGCUGCGGACGGGCGCGAUGGAGCUCGGCAUACGCGCCAGCAACGCUGAGUACCGCCAUCUCUUCGACCACCGAAUCACCGGCCGGCCAGACGGGGUGGCGACACGGCGGAGCAAACUGGAAGGCAACGGCGACGAGGGAGUCGGUGGCGCUGUGCGCUCUCGCUCGAACAAGAACGCACGUAACGCGACAAGCGCGGUGACAGCAUCCACGGCAACCACAGCGCUGGCGCUCGCCAGCCUGACAGCCCUCGCGUCAACCACCGGGGAGGCGCGCCGGCUGCUGCCGCGCUCGGUCGAGGACGUAAUGCGGGCCGUGUCGGCGCGUCCAAGCAAUGCUCGCCCCCGCGCCCGCAGCCUGCGUGGGGCGGCGUUGUCUGGCGCGGUGGGCGGGGGCUCCCUUCGCGCGGCCUCGGCGGGCGUCGCGAGGGGCAAUCCGAACCCGCCCAAGACGGCCAAAGCAGGCGGCAACCCCCCAGCCCCCGCCCCGCGCCCGAACGGCCGUGCCGACCUCAGCGCCUUCGCCGCCGGCGAAGUGGAUGACACGGACCUGUUGCUGCCCAGCGCCCUACGCGAUCACAACGUCCUCACCAGCGAUAUCCGCUGCGCCUGUCUUGGGCCGGAUGGGCAAUGGAUCGGCUACGCGCUUCUGCACGGCGAGAUACGCCUCCACCGCACCGACUCUGGCAGGUUGCUGCACACCUUCAUUACCACUCCGCCGUCCAUGACGGAGCUGCUGCAGGCGGCGCUGCACUACGAGCACUUGUUUGCACUAUCGUCCACUUCGUCGUCGGCGCCGUCACCAGCUGCGUCCACAUCCACGCCGUUCGCUUGGUCGACGUCCGCCCUGGAGGCUGCACCGGCGAAGGUGAACUCUGCUGCUGCUGCCAAUGGGAACAGGUCUGCACGAGCGGCACCGGUGCUGUCCAAGAGCGGUGCCGCCGGGGCGACAGCAACAGCCGCCGGCGCCGCCAAAGCCCCGUACGCGUCACCGCGAUCCAAGCUGACACCCGUGGCGUACGCGCAGGCUGUCGCGGUGGUCCUUCAGCGUCUCCUCGCCUCUCUCAAGACCGGUCAGCGCUUCGGCUCCUUCUCCGCCUCUUCACGUGCCGGCGCGGCGUCGUCCUCGGCCGCUGCCGCAUCCGGUGCUGCUGCUUCAGGCGGCGGCGGCGUAAUGGCCGAGAGCGGCAGCCGUGACGUCCACCGCGAGCCCCUCUCGAUGUUCUACGUGGAAGCGUCGCAGGAGCUCUUCGUCGUGUACGCCGACGGCCUCGUGCGGGUCUUCACGCUGCUCGGCCACCGCACCACGGCCACGCGCGUUAUUGUCUCACGUACGCUGGUGAACCGCGCCUUGGAGCAGGUCCGACGGGUGCUCGAUCGGCAGUGGCAGUCGCCGCAGGCCUCCCUCAGCCGGAUGAUGGCACUCGCCGACGGUAAGGCGGGUGCGGGCGAGGCCCCGAACGCACCGCUGCAGCUCCGCCACCCGCACCAGAGCGUGUCCCUGCAGGAGCUACUGAUGACGGGUGCCAUCACAUCCGCGGGGCUGACCGACGUAGACGUGGGCACUGCAGGCGCAGACGCGAGCGCCUUUCAGACGGGCAGGGGCGUCGCCCCCUCCACGUCGCCGCCGCAGCGCGGCGCGUCCACUUUACUCGCCGACGCCACCAACACGCUCGAAGGGACAGCGGGCACGCGAGGGCGGGCGAGCGCGUCGCCAACCUCGACCACCGUCAUUGCGGAUGCUGCGCUGACGUGCAGCCCCGCCCCCAUCGCCGCAGCUGGGGCGCCAGACGGUCUUUUUCUUGUCGCCGCCGCUUCCUCUGCGGCCGCAUCGGCGAUGCCGCGACAGCUGGAGCCGGAUGUCGUGCUGCUCGCCAGCGCCAGCCCGCCAUUGGGCUUGAUCUGCCUUGUCCACGCUAGCGGGUUGGUGACGGUGAUGGACGUGCAGGCGAGCGGCGAUGACCCGUUGGCGGGGCUCGGCAGCCGGUUCGCCAGCGACGGGGACGGCGUUGAAAAGCCCUUCUUCGGUGCGGCCUCCGCUGCUGCCAGCGGCGGUGGUGCUGCUGAGGGCGGCGACGGUGUGGGUGACUCCAGCCGCAGCCAGUCAGGGGUAGUCGUGCACAGCUUCAUGACCACUGAUGAGGUGACGGCAGCAACCUUCCUCGGUGCCUACCCGUGCCUCGUCCUCGCGGACCGUCAGCGGACACUUUCUUUUCACCUCGUGAAGGGCGCGAGUAUGUUGGCGAUGCUUGGCGACUUCGCGGAGCGCCUGCGGCGGGAUGCGACGCAACUGCUGGGCGGUGGUGCCCUGACGAAGCUGUCGCCUGGGGCGAGCGCCACAGGAAUGGGCCGUGGGAGUGCGGCGCAGUCUCCCUCCUCGUCGUCGACGUCGUCCACGCUCAUCUGGACAACACCGAUUGAUGAGACCUGCGCCUCGGUGCACGUGCUCGGCAGCGUGACGGUGCUCGCCUUCGACCCCUUGUACGCGGCGCUUUACGUGGGCACCUCGCAGGGCUACAUCAUGUCUUACCUGGUCCGUCGCCUGCUCCUCGCCUUUCAGCUGACGCCGGUGUUCCUGCGUGGGGUGGACGGCGUGGCGGUCACGUCCUACGCCACGGCGCUGCAGCGGCGGGGCUGCCGUCAUCCACUGACGUUGUCGGACCCACACGCCGCGGCCGCUGCACGGAAGGGCGCCGACGGCGGUCAUGUGAACUUUCUGAGGAACCUGGUGCACGUUUUCUUCGGUGUCGCACCGGCGAGCGUGCGGGAGCGGCUCGCGGGCGGUGUGCCGCUCGGAGACGAGGCGGCUCCGGCUGCCACGGCGCCCCUACCGCUUUCGUACGACGCGCACGGCAGCGCACUGCUGCACUUCUAUGAGGCGCAGCAAGAGUUGUUCCGCCCUUCGUCAACUGCGGAUGCCGGCUCGAAUGCGAGCCCGGGCGGCGCCUUGCUCACCGCCCUUCAGCGGUCCCCUGCGACUCUCUUCACCGCCGCUGCUGUGCUGCACGACGCCGUCACGCGAAUGCACGCCGCUGCCGCAAUGAGGCGCAGCACCGGCGAGAGACAGAGUGGCAGCAGCAGCCGCAGCGACAAGGUGGCGACCUCGGUCGAAGUGCAUGACACCCAGCCGUGGUGGGACACCGUGGCCGGCGGCGGACUCGUGAGGGAGUACGUAACGCAGCAGUGCGGCGCGGCGGGCGAGCUGAGCGUUUGCGGUGACGGGGCGGCCUACGCGUCCGCUGAGGGCCAUCGUGGGAGCAGCGUGGCUGCAGGGAUUGUGGAUCCGGAAAGUUCGUUGGCAGACACCGUGCUGGAGCUCGACGGAGACGCGGUGCGGCUGCUGCGGGAGUGGAUUUGCUCCGCCGUCGUCGUCGCUGCUGCUCCUGACGCGUCCUUAACGGUCGGUUUCGCGGAUGCGGGCCAGUCUUCGACGGGGCAGCAGCCCGGCCGCUCGAACAGCUCGGCGAACAGCAGCGCGAGUGGCACCCUCCCCCCGCUUUCGGCCACGCAGUCGGCGACGGGACCCCGUCCGUCCGACGCUGCCGCUGACGCCGUUGCUGCGGCGACGGUGCCCGUCCCGCGCCUCUCGAAGAUGAAUGAGGCGCCGCCGACCGCCACGACACCCCGCUCCAUCGCCGACGCCCUCGUGCAGGAGGUGGAGGAGGAGUUGCUCUUCGGCGACACCGCCCCGGCUCUUUGCGAGCGGCGCGGCAGCCAGCCCUACGCGGCCACGGCCGCCGUCGACACGCUGGCGGGGCGGCACGGACGGCACCCCGUCACGGAGGGCUGGGUGGAGCCGCUUUUUACGCGUCACGCCGUCGCCAUGGCCAGCCGAUCUCCGCUGUGUCUCCUCACGCCACCCGCCAUGCUCGAGCGAUCGCGACGGGAGCGGCUGGACCGGCAGGCACGGCGCACCGCAGCAGAACUCAGGCUCGUCAGCGCCACUGCUGGUGCUGCGGAUGCUGCUCCUGCGAGUGAGAAGGCCAGCGGCGGCGCGCAGGUGGAGUGGGAUGCGUACGUUGAGGGGGCCCCACCGGACUACCUCGCCGACAUGCUGAGCCGGCCGGGUCAGGUGCUGCCGGAGGCGGAGCGGCAGGCGCUGCGGCAGCGCACGAUCACCGCCCUGCAGUGUCGCCGCAACGGUUACCUCUGCGUUGGCCACGCCGACGGUGGGGUGACGCUCUGGACGCCGUACGCGUGCGGCCGCCUCGAGAGCCUGUGCCCCAGCACCUCGCUCCCAGCAUCGCUGGAGCGGCUGUCGCAGUCGGUGCGGCUGCACUUCGAGUACGUGCACGAGCGAAUUGUGCUGGAGCGCCGACGCCGCGCCUUCGAGGGUGCGGUGCACAACAGGAGCCACAACGAGCAAGAGGGAAAGGCGCACAUGAAGCAGCGGAUACGGAAGCUGCUGCUCGACCAUCACCUGUCGCAGCUCCACCUGGAGGCGGACGACGGCGACACACGCGGCAGGGACUUCAGGGAAGUCCGACGGAUGUCCGUUGCGAACGUGCAGCCGCCGGCGGGGGUGUGGGAGGGGGAGCUGCUCACGAUGCGGCCGCUGCUCUGUCUGCUGCUCGGCAUCGCCUCCCCGGCGGAGCUGCGGGCUCAUCAGCUCUCCCUGGAGGAUCUUUGUUUCCUGCCGCUGCGUAUGGAGAGCAUCGCGUCCCUUGAGGCGUUCAAGGCGGAGUGCUACAUGGAAGCGGUGGAGAUGGCGGUGCAGCGGCUGCGGCGGGAGUUGACGGAGGCCGACGAUGCGAGCCCGACCGCGACCGCAGCGCCGAGACGAGGUGACGGCGGUGUGGACAGCCAACUCGUCCCCAGCAGGCUGGGCGCCCCAGCAACCAGCACCACCGCCGCCAGCGCUUACCUGCUCUCCCGAUCGGCGUCACUCACGGCGGGGCGUCUGCGUCAGAUUUCAAUCACUUCCGCGACCACCGCCGUCACCUCGGCGGUCCGCUGCGUCUACGAUUAUCCGCUUUCCCGCCUGGCGCAGGUGCUGAACGCGCCGUUCCACCCGUACGGCUCGCCCGGACUGACGACCUUCCCAGGGGCGGUGCGGCUGCUGCUCCAUCGCGCGCUCGAGGGCGCACCACUGCACGCGGGCACCGGACGGCUCUCGCGUGUCUCGCUGACGCACGUGCAUCAGGCAGGGGCAGCGCCGAACGCAGCGAACGCGUCGACGACCACGACAGCGGCGGCGGCGGCGAACGGGCCGGCGGAGGGCGAGUACUUCGAGGUGUGUCACGCAUUGCAGCUGGCAGAGGUGCACGCGGAGACGCAGUGGGAGAUGGGGGAACUGCACCGACUCUGGACUCGCCUGCAGCGUGCCGAGGACCCCGUACGCGUCCGCCUGGACUUCAGCGUCAGUGCCAGCUCGCGAAGCGGACGGCGCGGCGAUGCUGAGGACAGUGUGGAGGACUCGAGCGUGCGGCUCCCGCCAGGCAGCGCGGCCGCCGUCUCCGCUGCGGUGCACCGCCAGCUUCUGCGGGAGUUGGAGGGCCGCCUCACGGCGCUGUCGCAGCGCACUAGCGCGGGUUCGCUGCUGCUCCACGUGGGUCUGCAAUUGCGCUCGGGCGGCGACGUGCGCGGCACGAAUAGCGCUGACUCCUCCUGCGCCUUCGCCUUUGCACGACGGACCCCCGGCAGCGGGUUGGCGUGGGUGCAGGCAACAAUGCAGCAGCAAUCUCUCUUCGCUUUUGCCGAGCCGCGGCUGCAGCUCCCCGCGCCGAGCCUUCGACGCCCGCCGGCCGCCGGCACGACGACGAAGCUCCGGGCCGCGGCGGUGGUGAGUGAGGCGCGUCGCUGCUGGCCGCUGUCCGCGACAGACGCUGCCGCUGCUGCUGCACCGCCGCUCUCUUCGUUCGCGCCGACCGCGGCGGUGUUGGACGUCUCUCCCAUCUCCUCCACGUCACUGGCAAGUGUUGCCUCGGCGCCCGCCCCGACCGUCACGCUGUGCCACCCACUCCCAAUCGAAGAGGCGCACGACCACGACGACCACCACAACCUCGUCGCAGGCCUCGGGACAGCGGCGGCGGAGGGGGCCGUCAACUCGGAGGCAUCCUUUCCAAACAAGUCCUCCACCGUGCCGGCGGCCUUCCUGACGGAGAUAAACGCCGAUGUGCUUAUGGCGGACAGCAACGUCUCCGAUGACCAACGCCCCGUGUCGCCGUUGCAGGCCGUCUUUCGCGAGUUUGAGCAGCGACGUACACGACACGAUACAUCUUCCUUUACUGGUGCCUCAGCCUCGUCAUUGCCGCCGCGCUCGAUGACGUUGCUCCGACAGCCACACGAGCUUCGCGCCGGGCCGCUCGUUCCACGUCAUCGGACAACGCUGGCGCGGACGGGCAGCAGCCCGCUGGUCCGCGCGCGCCAGGACGGGGCUGCGAGUGCCGGUCCGUACAGGCCCUGGCGUGCGUUGCCGAUGGGCUAUUCCGCGGGUGUGGUGGGCGCUGCCGCGGUGCCGGCGGAGGGAAAGCGAAGUCUGCCCUCCCCCUCGCCCCCGCCGCCGCCCCAUGCCAAGACGACGAUGAGGCGCGGCCCCACGCCGAACUCCUCGCACGCGUGCGUCUCGCUGCUCGGGAGAUCGGGCACAACGAAAUGA